AUGGCAUUGUCUACAGACUCAGGAACUUCGGCAUCUGAAACAGAGUGCGGUACCUUCCCUUUCGCAGCAACCCGAGCAACAGAGGCACCCUACCACAGCCGCAGCUCUAGGAAAUCUACUCGACCCGGCACUGAUUGGCUGAGGAGAAGAGCAAUGUCGGGGGCUGCGAGGAAUACCAUGGUAUCUGUCGAAGCCACUGAUUCGCUUUUCUCGAUGGAGGAAGAUGCCGUUCCCUCCGCGCUGCCCAAGCUUCCGACCAGAUUUCCCAUAAUCCCUCAACAGAGAUACCCCUACAACAAGAAUGCCCUUAGCUCUGACUCCUCCCGGGGACCAAGCAAUCCCACAACCAGUUCACCGGUGAACAACGAAGCCAGCGCUAGGACCCCAACUCUCCCACCGUCAUCGGCUAGUCACGAUCCUCAUCCGUUUAACAAUUCGGGACCAGCCUGCGCGUCUUCAUCUCAAAAGCGACGACAGAGCCUCACACCUACUCUGCCGCGGUACAGUCCGCUCAAUAGCUCUCCACCAGUUGUCAUUGGAGACCCGGCGCUGUGGCUGCUUCCUCGCCCCUUCCACGCUGCGGGUGGAAUACCGUCUGUGGAAGGGACACCAAGUGGCAAGCCUGACGGGAACCGAGCCAGCUCCGGCAUAUCAAUCAUCUCAUCCGUUGCGCCGUUUGGUGACAAGGGUCAAAGCUCGGAAGCCGAAACACCAACUUCAUUAGGAAGCGAAAAAAGUGACAAUUCGGUCUUACGUUCUCCCUACUUUCGGAAGCGGGCGUCAGAAGCAGCACUCGUACAUGGUGAAAAACAGGCCGGCAAUUUACCCUCUGACCCUUUCAUUGCUGCGAGGUCUGAUCAUCUUUCCCGGCAUUCUAUAUUUGGUCCGGCCAGGCAAUACCAACAGCACGAUGAAAUGUCGCUCAGUGCUAUGUCAGAUGACUGCACUAGCCCAGAACACCAUCACUCAAUGUCCUACAACCAGGUUGCUGAGUUCUCAGCCUACAGUUCGCCAGUGGCGUCUCACACCCGACUUGGCGCUUCGGAGCCUCGAAGUCACCAUGGAAGUGCGUCCGGCUAUGCCUACGGUCCAUCAGUUAUGAGCUGGCCUGUAACACAGACAAUUACUCCCAACACUUCUCCGUAUAGACGAGCGAAGAACGAAAUGAGUCCUACGUCCAGUGUGGCAGAAAACACAACCCCGAACGGUCUUGACUUUGACCUAUCGUCCGAUUCGGAAACCGAUGACGAGAGCGUGAACACCUACGCCCUUGCCCCUAGGCGACGUCAACAUGUUACCCAACCAGAACAAUCCCGAACUAUAUCCGAGUUCUUGGACGAUCAAGAUUGUGUUAUGUGCGCAGUUUCGGAGAGCCGUUCGUCAGACAUGAUGGGAGUAGCAAUCAUCAACAUGACACUGGGGCAGGUCGACCUCAUCAGGAUUAUUAACGACAACAGAUACCGCCGGCUUGCCGAAACCCUAUGGAGAAUGCCGACCCAGCCACAGAUCUUCAUUGUACUGAAGAAGGUUGUGGAUGAACACAACAAAGAGUACUGGAACGAAUCGGAAGGUCUCAGAUUGCUCGACCGCUUCGCUUGGAGAACGCAUGUCAAAGCGAUUCGUUCUGACCUAGAACAUAAUUUCUACGUUUCGUGCGCGUUAUCUGCGCUGAUGGCCUACGUCGAAGAGGAAAUGAAUGUGAUCUUCAAGGAGAACUCAUUGCGCCUCCAAUACAGACAGCCUGCUGAUACGAUGGGACUUGACCGGUCUACCAUCACAUCUUUAGAACUAUUUCAAAACAUUCGCAACGUCAAGGGCACGUCUUCCACUCUUUUUGGGUUGCUCAACAACGCUCUUACACCCCAAGGCCGUCGAAUGAUUCGGUCAACGCUUUUGCAACCGAGCACAAGACGGGAAACGAUUACGGCGCGACUUGAGGCGGUAGAGGAGCUGUCAAGCAACGAGAAUUUGUUCAUAGACGUCCGUUCCAGUCUCAAGCGGAUGUUUCACAUCGAUGUCGAGCGGGCGAUACCAUGGUCACGACUAGCGUUGGAGGCUGGGGUGGCUUUGGUCCAAGGUCACCACCAAAUCAUCAUGCCCAGUCACGAUGAACUCUUGGGGGCUGAAAAAGACGUAAACCGCAUUCUCAUGAUCAAGGCGUAUCUUACGGGUGUUCAAGCCAUCCGGGAGACGCUUGAGGCUGCUGGAUGCACGAGCCAGCUGUGCAAAUGGGUGCUCGAGCGAUGCCAGCCCGAGAAUACUGCACCUAUUGAUCGGCUUAUCAGCGAGGGCAUUGAGCCGGGCGCUGUCUACAGCAAGGCUCCAAUAGACAUCAGAAACAACAGGAUGUGGGCUUUCCGGGCUGAGCCCAACAGCAUCUUAGAUGGUGCUCGUCAGCUGUAUCGGGACAGGGUUAACGAGCUUCACAAAUACGUAGAAGAGCUCAACAAGGUUUUCCAAGAGCACUUGGGCGCCACACCUGAACUCCGAUUCGGAAACGAUAACCAUUAUUUCCUACGGUUUCAGUGGUCGGAUGUCGAACGAGAGCUCAUCAAGAACUUGCCUGCUACAAAUCAGUCUCGGCAAGCCGGCACCCAGCAUUGGAGGCCGCGUCUCUUAGGCGGCGUUGAGAUUGUCAACGGAGUCCGACGGAAGCGGCACUACGAUUGCCAAACUCUUGAGCUCAUCCAGCGGAGCAGUCAAAUCCAGCGCCAGGCUGACAUCGUCAUAAGCCAUAGCGACAAAUUUAUUGUCGAGCUGGGAACGUCUCUGCUGGAGCAUGUGGAGUCCCUCCUCGCCGUCAACGAGGCUGUUGCCGUCUUGGACAUGCUGUGGUCCUUUGCCCACCUGGCUACCACUCAGAACUACGUCCGGCCCAUUAUCUCCGACAACUUGGUUCUCAAGGAUGCCAGACAUCCUGUAGUAGAAGUCAGGAAGAAAACCUAUGUGCCGAACGACGUUUAUCUGGGAAACCAAGGGGCUCGCUUUCAAGUCGUCACCGGCGAAAACAUGAGCGGUAAGAGCACGUUUAUCAGAACUGUUGCCCUGAUUCAAAUCAUGGUACAGAUUGGCAGCUUCGUUCCCGCCACGUAUGCUGCACUUCCAAUCUGCGACCGUCUUUUUACGCGAUUGUCAACCGAGGACAAACCACAGAGCAAUCUAGGCACGUUUGCGGUUGAAAUGACAGAAAUGAAUAUGAUCCUCAGACAGGCCACCAAGGACAGCAUGAUAAUUGUCGAUGAACUUGGACGAGGAACCUCGACCAAGGAAGGCCUCGGCAUUGCUCUCGCCAUGUCGGAGGAGCUAAUAAAGAGGGGAUGUCGGGUGUUUUUUGCUACCCAUUUCACCGAGCUUGCAAAAGUUCUUAACCUCACGAGACCAAACAGUGUCCUAAAUGUACAUGUCGUUGGAGAGAGCAUCAAGGAGGGGGACAUCACACAGAUUUCGCUGCCGCACACCAUUGCCCCUGGUCCGGUCAGGAACGAAGAUUACGGCCUGGAACUAUCGCGACGCUUUCUUCCUCAACGAGUAGUCAACAACGCUGAGCAUAUUUGCAAGUUUCUUCGCACAAAGAGUCUGGGGCGGUCCGCAGGUCCGGCUACACGUACCUUGAAACAGAGCAAGCUGAUUCUUGCCCUCCCGGACCUUCUCAAACAAGCAAAUGAUUCAACUAUGGACGAGUCCGCACUUGCAUCUUAUUUGAGAAAGUUACAAACCGAAUUUACCAUCAGAAUGAACCUUACGGCCGAAGAGAGUUCAGAACAGGAACAGACAGGCAAAGGAACUGCUCAGCAUGUCAUGGUACCAAUACUUGAGAAACCAAGCGAAAAUGAACUUGAGGAAUGGAAGAAAAAGUCGGAUUCUGCAGAGAGAAGGGUGAUGAAUGCCAACAUGACCGAAUCCCAAGAGAACAAAAGACCCGGCCUGGAGGGCGAGGGCGACGGGUCUCUCGCUAAAAGAGCCAGAACAGGAGACGAGACGGCAAGCAUGACCUCUCAAAUGACACCAAUCGAUCGCAGUUUGAUGAUUGAGGAGCUCCGCAGGCGCUCUCAUACAGUCACCACCAAAGCGGCUACCCCAAGCAGCCUUUCAUCAAAUUCCUUGGAGUCACAAGCAGACACUGAGAUGCCAGAGGCGCCUUCCCUCUGA